GUUGAGCCUCAGCGCGCGCCGUAGCCUAACAGAAAGUGAAGUGUUUCAACUUUACUCCGCGCUUCUUCUCGUACCAAGACAAAUACAAACGUCUUGUUGAUAUGGACCCUCUGCAGCCGGUUCGGGACCAGUUUAAUCUGCACAGUGAUGCGGAAGUCAAAUGGUUGGAAGAACUAUUUAAUUUCAUCAGAGACCAGAUUUGUCCUGUGCUCUCUGGCCCCGACACCUCCUGUCAGACAGCCAACCAGCGUGCGUCCAAUCUGACUGUGUGUGUGCUAAAGAGGAUACAAAAGAACAUGUCUGCCACACACACAUUACCUGUCAGCUACAGGCUGGUGUGCGUCUCUGAGCUUCUCUCUCACCAGCGUCUGGCCUGUGUCAGUAACCUGUCGUGGAGCACCCAUCAGCAGCGGACGUUGGCCAAGGAGGCUGAGCUGUCUCUGCCGGGUCAGCAGGCUUUACCACGAGCCAACCUGCUGCUGAUUGGCUGUCUGACGUACAACCAAGACGGCGAGUGGAGGCUGAUGGACGCCAGCGGCAGCGUCAGGUGUGAGGUUGUGUCUCCAUCACCUCUGUGGCUGAAUCGUCUCGUCUUCCUGCCCCACUGGCACUACAUCCCCCAAAAUGCUCCACAGCAAGCGCAGCCAGAUGCUCGAGGCUACUUAGAGAUGAUUGGCUCUCCGGUUCUGUUGAGUCCUGGCCUUGUGCAUGGAUCGGUGACUGCCCCUAUUGCAGGGGCGAGACCUGGAAUCCCAGUCAGUGUCACAGAGGCUGCAGCCUUAGUACACAACAGGAUCCGGGGACAGCGUUUGUCCGUCAGCGGCCAUGUAGCUUCUGUCUGCCCCUUGUUGGUCAUUGCAGGAACUUCCUUCUUCUGCUUCACACUGACAGACAAGACACACACAAUACCUGUCCUGGUCAAGGACAGCAGCAAGUUGUGGUGGACACAAUGUUUGUCCGUCGGGAUGGGUGUGUGUGUGACAGCCUUGCGUGUGUGUGUCCUGAAAGCCUGGAGAGGAAGCAACAUUCUGUGUGUGACUGAACACUCCGAAAUACACAAGACACACACUCCAGCAGAGGACACGCCACCGGCCAUGUCUCCCCCACUGAUGACAUCACAACCUGAGAUGUGCCUUGUCCAAUCAGCUGUCAGGAUCAAACAUUCCAGAGUUAUCAGUUACCAGGGCACAGUGACUGAAGUGGUGAGCGAAGGGGCGGGUCUGUACAUAAUGGACAAGGUGAUGGGUCUGUGUCUGGCCUAUCAGCCUACGCUGAGGAGGAGGCUCCGAGUGGGAGACAAAGUACAGCUCCAUCACGUUCACUUCCUCUACCGGCCCUGUCCUGAUUUUCCUCCCAGCAUGCUUUGCACUUGUCUGCGCUCCAGUUUGACGGUGACAAACUUCAGCGGGGUGCUUGGCUCAGUCCCCAAUCACAGCUGUCCCGGUGAUGGUGUGUUGCCGCGGUUACUGGUGGAGAAGAGCACGGCCGUCUCCCAGUAUCUGUGGACCUGCCACCUCAGCUCCCAGCUGAGAUGCAGUCUGCUUUGCAGCACCACAACCCACUGUGUGUGUUUGCUGUCAUGGAAACUGAUGGAGAUUGUGUUAGGAGAAGGGCAACAACAAAGACGAGACAUCUACAUCGAGAUGCUGGACGAGCCUCACUCUUGUCUGCUAAUGCAGUAUGUGGCUGACUGGGCGCAGCAUCAAUAUGUCAGCCUAUCUGAGCUAUGCAAGUCCCUCCAAGAGGACUCUUGGGCUUCAUUAUCGCUCAGCUCUCUGCUGCCACCCGCUGGAGGUGGACUGACACGAGUCGAGAUGAACUCGGCCCUGGCCUGGUCCAGCAGGACUUUGACUUCUGACCCAACGAGCGAGCCCGGGGAGACGCUUGGACGGCGUCCCCUGCUGCUCGUCGGCGUGUUGGAGCUUCCUUCUCACCCGUCACAACACGCGCUUCAGCUGAGAGACUCUACGGGGGUUAUCGCCUGCGUCGUCACAGGCAACACCCAGGAGGAGGAGGAGGAGGGGGGAGGUCAAAGGGCUUUUUUAAACACUGCAUGGAUAGGUUGUCUAGUAUGUGUCCAGCAGUUCACCAUGGUAACAGAGCGAUUCCUCCAAUCAGAUUUUCCCUCGUACCAACACUUAGACCAGGACAAGUUCAUCACACAUAAACACUGCAGGGUUUACCUCCAGUUUUCUCAGGAUUGCAUCCACAUUUUGAGUCCAUCUGCUGCCAUGGUAACUCACCUGUGUCAGAAAGGGGUGGAGUCAGUAGAUAAGAAGAAAAAGCUUCAAAUAGCUGCGACAAAGAAGAGAAGAAGAUGGGAAGAGGAGCCAGAGGCCUCCCAGUCUUCUUCCUCCAUUCCCAUGACAGCCACCUACCCCUGCGUCUCAGUGGUCCUCAGGCUGGAGCAGAAGACUGGCGUGACUUGGAUGAACACGGGUGCAGGACUCGAGGAAGAGGAGGCUGGACUGAUCGCUUGCUUCUCUGCUAAAUCCACUGUGGUUGGUCCAGUGGUAGUCUGGGGGCAUGACCCAAAGAACAGGCCAAUGGAGGACUCUGAGGUGGACAAAGAAAUACAGGUGAACGUGGUGUGUUCAGGUGCGUCAGCUCGCUGGUUUCCUGUCCUCCAGUCAGGAUGUUUUUACAGACUAGUGGUACCCAACACACAGGAUUGCAGCGUGUUGAUUGACUGUGCUGUCUCUGGGUCGAGAAGCGACUGCACUGUGAAGGUGCAAUCUGAUUGGAAGUUUCACACACUGACACGCCCACUCUUUGUGCACACCUAUGAACAGAAUGUCUCAUCCACUAUGUCAUCGGUGUCUCAAAUCCUGGACAACAGUUGUGUAGAUGUGGUAUGUUUCCAGGGUUUUGUUUCUGAGCGAAUCAAUCUGGAUGACAGGACAAAGAACACUGGACAUGCUCAAAUAGGUGUGCGUCUCACAGUGUGUGACCAAAGUGGGAGGAGCAUCAAUGUCUACCUGAAGUUGAAGAACCUCAACUACCCACCUGGUCUGUUGCCAGGCAACACUCUGAUGCUCUCAAAUUUCCACAAAAAACUGUCCAGGACAGGAAGUGUGUACUGCACUAAUCUACCAGUCAGCUGGGUGGCGGUCGUGCGUGUGCGAGAUAAAAGUUCUGAUGGACGCCCACCGGUUCCCAUCAUGCACCUGGGCCUGUGGACUCGACAGAGCAGCACCGUGGGUCGGAUCAAAUGUCACGUUGUGUGUUUCCUGUUCCUGCAGCUGCAGUGGAAGUGUUCACAGUGUGGGAGUGUUUUCCGACAGUCAGCUUGCAGUCAGUGUCUCUCGUUCUCAGCUUGCGUCUUUGACAGCACAGCUAAGUUGGUAAUCGACGACGGCACAGGCGAGGCUCACGUGCGCUUCUCAGGGAUGCAUGUUCGUCAGCUGCUUGGAUUGGCCCAUUCUCAGUGGGAGGGUCUUCAAAGAGCACUCAAAGUCAGAGGUGACAUCACAGUGUAUCCCCGCGGACGGAGUACGUCGUGCGACUCAGACGAUUGGCUGCUUCACUUCCUGUUGUUAUGCGUGCGGAGAGUUGACUCAUUGUUUUUGACCUGCAGCAGACAACACGAAGCCAAAACAGAAGUGGUCAAAACGUUGAGUCGUAGAAAGCGAGACUUCUUGACCAGGUUGGCCCCGCCUCCAAAGCUCACCUGUCAGCAAAUGCACAGCUUGCCGACUGCACAUUGAAAGUUCAUGUUGUGUUGCCAUUUUCACUCCACCGCAGUCUGCUUGAAGGGUUACUGUGUGGGUGGAGCCUGUCAGUUGAUGACGAGCAAAUGUUGAUGUAUUCACACUGAAAUAAAAAAGUACAACUGA